AUGGCAUUGGAAGAAAACAACCUAUUCAAGCUAAGCUCCAUUCCACAUUGUGCUAACAGAGAAUCCAAACCAGAAGUUCUUGCUUGGUGGCAGGUGGUAGUGUACGAAGGUGUGAUUAGGGAAAAGGCAACAAGCAAAGAAGAUUGUCCACAAUUCCUGAAAGGUAAAAAUUUCCACCAAUUUUGUAGCAAAAACAGUGACAUCAACACUCAAUCACAGGAGCUUGGUCGGUCAGUGCAUGUUGAUGAAAUAUUUCAGCAGACACAUAUUCGAGCAUCAACAGGAGAAUUUGUCGAUGAAAGGUCUAGGCGGACACAUGAAGAGUUUGAAGCCAAAUUUUCUCAAAUAAGAUCUGAGACAGCAUCCGUUGGGGCUUCAACAUGUGCUCCCCUAGACCCUGCAGAUGAGGAAAGAUUGAGGAACCAAUGUUGGUUGGAUGUUGCUGAUGGAAGGUACAAGGGACGCGUAUACGGCAUUGGAAAUGUCAGUGCUCAAGAUGACUGUGUCGAUAGUUACAUACAACAGACACAGGCAUCUUCUUCUCAGCAACCGAUUGCAGAGGACAUUCUUAACCUCCACACACGAGUAUCAACCCAUGAUGACCAACUUCGACAGAUGAACUCUCAAUUGCAAGGCUUUAUUGGUGUCAUGAUGCAGUAUCUUCCACCUCCUGCAGCCGUAAUUGCACAACAAUUUCUUCAAUCCCAGAAUCAGCCACAAGCUAAUGUUCAACCACAACAACCACAACAACCACAGCAACCAACAGAUCAACCACAAGAUGAUACUGUUUAUGGAGAUUACUAG